AUGCCUCCACCCGGCCACGCGGCGCUAUGGAGCGCGGGAAAGGACGAGACCGUCGAAGUCAACCAGCGCGCGUUGAUUGAUAAGAUCCUCGCGCGCUACUCCGGCGAACAUACCAUCUUCCGCGAGCUGUUGCAGAACGCCGACGACGCAGGCGCGCAGAGCGUCCAGGUCAAGUUCUAUACCCAGGCGGGUGUGAACGCGGCUGAGCGCGGCGAGGCUGGUCCGCUGCCUGAUGCCGAAAAGGAUGCGAUUGUCCGCUACGUCGUGUGCAAUGAUGGUAUCCCAUUUCGCCCUGAGGACUGGCAUCGCCUAAAGAAGAUCGCAGAAGGCAACCCUGAUGAGGACCGCAUCGGUGCUUUUGGUGUCGGCUUCUACUCGCUCUGGAGCGUGUGCGAGGAGCCCUUCGUCGAGUCGGGCUCUAAGUGGAUGGGCUUCUACUGGAAGGACGGCAAGGACCAACUCGUCGCCCGUUCCGGCGACUUCCCUCCCGAAUACAAGCCGUCCGUCUCCGAGCCGUCUCACUCUGGCCACCCAUGGACGACCUUCACCAUGAACCUUCGCGAGCCGAUGCCGCUUGAGGGCCCGCUCGAGUUCGCGCGCUUCCUCGUGACUUCUCUUACUUUCAUGCGUACGAUCCGGCACGUCCAGAUGGUGGUCGACGGGAUCAAGGUGCUGGAAGUCCGCAAGGACGUCAAGGGACAGAGUGUCGCGCCGCAUCUGAACCUCAACACCAGGUCACCGUCGGGCAUGUUCAACCUGUACAAGGUUGACGCGACUAGCAUGGUGAUUACCGCUCGUGUGAUGAAGUGGCUCUCGGCGACUGGCACCAAACCACUACCCAUCCCAGCUCCCCUUGCUAGGCCCGCCAAGGCUGUUGGCGGCUUCCUCACAUCCUUCUUUGGGCGAAGCGCAGUUACCGCACCGAGUCCCGAGCCGCCCUCGAGUCCUAUGCCUGCCGUGGUCCCGACCGAAGUAGACGUACUGGCGCGAGAGAUUCAGACGUUCCAGGCCGACGUCAAGGUGUCAGUCGGUGCUGCGUUCGGCCGUGAGCUUGAGCGCGCAACCAAGAAAUCCCCUCCCCAGCGCAUGCCCGCGAGCCUCGUCUUCUCACGUGAAGACGAGACGGCGAAGACGGCUGACGGAUCCGAAGCGUCCAACAAGAAGGCUGCUGUCGUGUUCGCCGGUCUCUGCCCUCCUCUUGAUGGCGAACACUCGGCCAAGGUCUUCAUCGGCCAGCCGACGGGCCAGACGACUGGUAUCGGUGGUCAUCUUGCGGCGCGGUUCAUCCCGACCGUCGAGCGCGAGUCGAUCGACCUUGUCGACCGACAUGUCUCGCAGUGGAACAAGGAGCUCCUCUGGGUUGGUGGAUACCUCUCGCGCCUGAUAUAUGAGCUGGAAAUGGUGGACCUUGCGAAGAAGUGGGCCGCGACGGCGCGAACGGACACAGCGACCCGCGACAAGAUCCUCGCUCGUGGCCAGCACGCCCUCCGUUUCUUCUCUUUCCGGCCAACCACGCCAUCUGCACUCGUCGGCUCGGAGAUGGAGUCGGCGUUCUUCUCAUGUGCGCGCGAACCGUCAAGCAUGCCUAUCAUCUCAACUGGUGGUAUCCUUCGCGUGGACAAGGUCCGCGUCCCCAAUGCCACGCUCUUAGAGUUCAUCCCUGAGAUGCCUGUUGUCACGCCUGCAGUCAUGGAGACCGCGUCGCGCAUGGUUAAUCGCCUGCGCGAGCGCAAUCUCCUGCAGGACAUUGUCUUUGAGGACGUCGUACAGCAACUCAACGUGCGCCCGUUGACUGAGAAGGAGAUGAUGGCUGCCCUCAACUGGUGGCAGGACAUCGCGAACACCGAGGUCUACAAGAGCAACGUGAAUAUCCGCAACCGCCUCCUUCAGGCUGCCAUCCUCACCACCGACCAGAACAAGGUCAUCUCUCUCGGCGACGUAAAGACAUAUGUCAACCCUCAGAGCUCGUCAAUCCCCACGGACAUGCCCCUCCCACCAGACACCAUUCCGUUCUCGGUUACCAAGCAUCUCAAGAUGUCGACCAUCACGCAAGCCUUUGGUUGGGCUGAGCUCACCGUCCCUUUAUAUGUCGCCUACCUCACGCGACCGCCGUUGACGGGCGUGAAGGGAACGGACCCAGACACGGACAUGUGCGUGUCGCCUAUGUUCUCUGAACGUGUCCUCACCAUGCUCGGUCGGGCGUGGCAGAACAUGAGCGCACAGAGGCAGGCUGAGGUGGCAGCGCUGCUGAAAGAGGUCUCGUGUAUUCCCACGAGGGCAGGGUUCAAGAAACCCCGCGAGUCGUACUUCCACGCCAACCUCCUGUUCGAUGACCUCCCCACACUGGCGUUCCCAAAGACCACCAACGUCCGUGGCGGCCUCGAGAUGAUGCUCUUGGCAAUCGGAGUCCGCAAGACUGUCGACCUUCAGUUGAUCUUCUCCCGGCUCGUUGCAGGCGGAGGGUGGUCCUGUAUCGACCUUAUGAAGUACCUCGUGUCUGUUAAGGACACCCUGUCAAAUGAAGAGUGGGCGCGUUUGCGCCAGACUGCGGCGUUCCCUCUCGAGCAGCCCCGUCUCAAAGACGGCAGCAAAGCAGUGUUAGUGCGACGGAAGCCGCACGAACUGUACGAACCGACGGACGCGAUGCGCGAGCUCGGGCUGCCGGUCCUUGAGUGGGACGAGCACAAAUGGAAGCCUGGUUCCGAGGAGGCGCGGUUACUGUACCACAUCGGCAUGAAGCGCUUCCCUCCCGUGGAUGUGCUCUUGGGUCUUGCAGCAGGUACCCCUCCCAUGAACGAAAAGGCGUUCGCUUAUCUUCUCAACCACAUCAACGACCAUUACGCCGGCUUCGAGCCACGCCAGUUCAGCAACGUCUCUUUUAUUCCCGGGACAACCGCAACGGGCAACUCGAUCCUCGCCAAGCCGGGAGAGGUGUUCACGAACCCCGCGUGCAAGACGCUCGGCUUCCCUGUUGUGCGCGGCAUCGCCUCGCUACCCGAGAACGUUGCGAAGCUCAAGAUCGAGACCGACCCUCCAAUGAACAGGCUCGUCCUCGCUUUCCUCGCCGUUCCGGAGACGGACAUUGCCCGGGCGCGCAGCGUAUUCGAGUAUCUCGCAUCGCGCAUGGGGACGGCAACUCUCAGCGCGCUCACCCCGCUGGCAGCGCGUGCAUUCAUCCCCGUCCAGGAACAGAAAACCGAGAAGGGCCCUGGCGUUGUGCGUCUCGCACGCCCCGACGAAGUGUUCCUCUCUUCGGUGCACACCGACUCGCUCUACGCGUGGGCGUUCACGUUCGUCGACUUUGGGUCGAGCGCAAACAUGUUCCUGCGCAACUGUGGCGUCAAGUCGGAGCCGUCAACAAAGGACAUUGCCCGGCUGCUACUCCGUUCCCCGGAGCGCAUGCUUGAACAGGCUGGCCGCGAGCGUUACCUUGAGCAGCUGCGCAUCCUCGCCACGAACAUCAACAACUUCGACUCGACGAUACUGAAGGCCAUGCGGGAAACUCCUUUCCUCCUGGCAUCGCAACUGGUGCUGAAGGAGAAGCACGGAAAGGAUAGCCAAGACGACUUCCGGCGCGACUGGGUACUCACGAGUGCGGGCGACACUAUCAUCGCGGACAGUGCCACACUCCACACAUUCUUCGGCGAGUUCGUGCUCACGGCUCCGGAGGAGGCUGUGCUUGAGUCGUUCUACAGGGCUCUCGGGGCCAAGGCGCUGUCGGCGUGUGUGUCGACGGAGUAUGUUCCCAACGGAAUUCGGCCUGGGACCUCGUCCGAAGUUGCGGCCUCGCGGGCGUUCAUUUUAGAGCGUCUCACCAUUUUCCUCGGCUCGCGUCGCAUUACGGACUACUCGGCUGACUGGCUCGCCAAGGGCGACAACUUCACUGUCUCGGAGGCCAACGGCAUUCUAGCGCGGUACACGUACCGCGACGGACGGAAUGUACACCAGCAUGUUGAGAAGCUGUACGCCAUGGCAACACGGCCACUGGGUGGCAAGGCGAUAGCCUUAACAGUGUCCGUGGCCAUGGAGCCCGACUUCUACGACGUGGCCAAUGCGCUCUGCACUGUGCUCUUGAAGCAGCCCAAGAUCGACGAUGUGCUCAUGCUGGAGUCGAUCAUGCGCACUUCGCUCCAGUCGCUUAAGAAGCGCGGCUUUAAUGUCGACCGCAUCCUCAACGCCCAUCGUGAGGAGGGUCUCCGCAAGCAGGCCGAAGCUGUGAAGGAGCGCGAGGCACGCGAGGCGUCCAAGACGGCAGCUCUUGCUGCCGCGCCGCUGACACCUGUCGAGGCUGCGAGAAGGCUGUCUAUCAAGGGCGCUGGCGCGCCUAUCCCAACGGCACCAGAGCAAGCCGUAACCCAGCCAACUCACCCUGCUGGUGGAGGGCUGAUAAACGCGCUCAGACGCUUCAGAGAUGGCAGUGUUACGCCGAACUCUCCCUCACCGGCACCGGCCGCAGCCUCAGGUCCUGUCACCACCGGCUCUCCUCCAAGCCACGGCGGCGGUGCAGGUCAUCGCCCGCGCGGCGGCUUACAGGGCUCCUCAACCAAGCGGCCAUCAGGGAUGGAGCAAAUCCGCGAGACUGCGCGGAAGGCCGUGGCGGCUUCGAAACCUGGAACCGGAGCCAUGGAGAUCAGGAGCACCAGACAGAACAUUGUCUCGCCACCCGAGAGCCAGCAGGACUACUGUGACCCAUCGGCCGAGGCCAACAUCCAUAUGGCGUACAACCCUGGUCCACAGAGCUGCCAGAUCUGGCUGCCUCUAGACCAGAAGGAAUUCGAGGGCGCGCAAAUGGCGACGAGCCAGCGUUUCAUCUUAAACGUCCUCCUCCCGCUGGCUAAAGUGUUCGAGCUCCAACCUGCCGUCAUCAACGUCUUCUGGGACCGUGAGGGUCCGCUAAUUGCCUUCAACCGCAACGGCACGAUCUUCUGCAACGGGCGCUACUAUGAGGCAUGGAACGACGCGUCUUCUCAGCGCGGACAAAACCGCGACGCACUGAUCUCGUGGUACUUUACCCUGGCGCACGAGCUCGCCCACAAUCUGGAAAGCGGACACAAUGCGUCGCAUGAGUUCUACUUCUCGUCGAUUGCGGAAGAGUACCUUAUUGCGCUCGGGCAGCUGCUCAGCGACGCCAAAUGA